CGGAAAUUUUGAAAGGUUUUUUGGACAAAUUCAUAUAUAGAUAUGCGUCGAUCUCGCUCAAGUGGUGGCGGUGGUGGUCGACCAUCUUUGGCAUCACGUGUGAUCAAAAGUAAUCUUCCCGUCAGUCAAAACAAUGCCAGGUCGUCAUCAGGAGGGCGGUACAGUACUGAUAAUAGGUACUCAGUUGGAAGCCAGCGAUCAUCCUCUGUUGGACGCUCUGCAGGAAAUAAUCAGCAAAAUAAACAGAAGUCUAGCCAAGCUGGUAUAAUUGGAAAACCAAGGACCUCGGGAUAUGGCCGGAUUUUUGGCAAUGACACAAUGAAAGAUCCUCGGCCCUUAUUUGACAAAAGUUCUGGUUAUAGAGAUCGUUGCAUCAAGAGGCUAAUUGAAUUUUUGCAAAUGAAACAUUACCCACACAAAAUCUCGACCAGGAUUCUACAUUCCCCUGCCACAAAAGAAGUCAUUCAUAUUUUUGAGUUCUUGUACGGUUACAUUCAACCUGGUUAUGUCAUGAAGAACAAGCAUGAGGAAGAGAUACCGAGGUUGAUGAAGAUGAUCGAGUAUCCAUUCAACUUGACCAAGAACAUGAUGUUUACAAUCGGGGCGCCACACACCUGGCCUUGCGUUCUGGGGGCGCUGAUCUGGCUCGUUGAAUACAUCGAGGGUGCUAUGAAUACUGAUAUUGAAGCGGUGAUGUUUCCAAAUGAGGCGGAUGAGUUUGAGGCCGAGUCAGAACCAGAGAAACUUAUCUUGUACAACUACUUAGCCAAGUCGUACAGCAUGUACAUGGCUGGCGCAGACUCCUUCACGGAGGUCGAGGAAGAACUUCUCAAUAGUCUAAAGAUGAGAUAUGCUGGUAGUGGUGGCUCAGUGGAUCAGCUGGCAGAGACUAACCGAAGAUUGAUGGCAGAAUUGGAUGAGCUUCAGAAAGAACCUGAUCGCCUUGCCAGUGUUCAGGAGUACCAUUACAAUAUCUCGAGAGACUUCAGCAAGUUCAAGGAUUAUCUUGAGAAGAUGGAGAUGGUGAAGGUUAACCUUUCAAAGAAAAUGGCAGAAAACCAAGAGGAAUUGAAUAAUGCUGAAUUGGAAGUUCAGCGCCUUGUCCAAGAUGUCAAACACAAAAGGCACAUCCUCGACACUCAGACGAUAUCACAGAUCGAUGUUCAGCGGAUAAACCGAGGGAGUCAAGAGUUACGGCGGCAGAAUGAAGCCUUGCAGAGGGAGAUCAGUGAAAAUGAAAAACAGAUCUGGACUUUUGAAAUGGGCAUGGGGAAAAGACAAGAAAAGAUUGAAGAGCAGUGCCAGAAUCACAGACAACUACUGAUGAAGCUGAAGAUGAUUCUCCCAGCAGAUGCCUACAUCAACACUGAUGAUCUAAAGUGUGAACCAUCCAGUGAUAAUCUCAACAUUGUGAAGGAAAGAAUUAUGAAGAAUGUGGCCCUAUCACAGACAAAGUCUCAUGAAACGCUGGCUCAGCUUCAUCAUGAAAUGGAACUGCUGGAACUGGUGAAAGAAACUGAGGAAGAGAAGCAGAAUCUCCUUGAAGAUUUGGAGAGGAGGCUAGAAUCACUCAGUAAGGAGAUUGACGUCAACAAAGAGACAUUUAUCAAGGAAGAGAAUCAGUUGAAAGGCGAGGUGACGAAGAGGCAAAAAGUCAACAAUGAACUCCGCCAGGAUUUGUAUCAUAGCAGUGUAGCUGAAGUAGCUGAUCAGCUCAUAGAAUGUCAAGCAAGGAAUGAUCGCCUGGUUGACGAGGCGAGGCAAGAGAAGAUGGAGUGGAUCACGUUCCUGGAGGCAGCCAUUAUGGAGGUGGUCACACAUAAGGAGCUGUUGCAGAAAACGUUCCACGACUUCAAAGGGGAAUUUGAGAAACUGCAUACGGAGGAAAAACUGAACUAUGAACAGGAAAAAGGGUGUGACAAAUAACAAUGUUGUCAAAUGUGAGACAAAGAUAGAAGCGUGAAAGAAUCAUUGGUACAUGUCAAGAUAGUUGAGGACAAUGUACAAACAAGCCAGUGAGUGUACAUCUGACAUGUACUUUGUGAGAUGCAAAGUUUUCAGAAAAGCCAUGCAUGCACUUUGAAAAGUAGCAUUAUUUUACAAAUGAAGGAAGGUGUGAAUCUGUUUUUUUGUUUUUAUGACAACACAUAUGAGUCUUUGUAAUUGUGUUUGUAUAUUCAUAUCUGCUUGUAGUUACAUUCAGUGAGGUGCCUCCACAGAUUUGUUUGGAUGUAUUAUUAAGGCAUUUAUCUCACCAAGUUAUGAUGUGAAUCGGGUCGUAUUUGUAAACCAGAACUUAACGAAUUUACUCAUUUUAGUUAUCCAGUUGACUUAAAGGGAACUGAAACCGCCAAGCCAGUUCGUAUGACCUCGUUUUCAUUUCCCGCGUAUCGGGUGAUCAGAACGAGGCAUGAAUGAAACAUGGCACCUAGCUGUCAAUCAUUGAGUGACGUCACUACUAUGGAAUUUACUACGAAAACUCAUGAAUGAAAGAUCGCAUGACUCACGUGAUUCUCACAUGACUCUCAAUAAUAACAAAUUGAACUGCGCAUGCUCGGGCACUGGGGGUGGAGCUACAAAUCUGAACUCGAAUAGGAAGUUGGAAGUUUGACUUCCCGGGUGGUGAAAGUCGAAAAGUUGAAUAAAUCGCUCGGCGGUUCCAGUUCCCUUUAAUGCUGUGUUUGCUGCCAUAAGUUAAUGGUUGAUGCAUUAGAAUUGGAAUUUUAUAACUUUGUUGUUCGUCUCUGCCUACCAAAUCAUGAGGCUAAAGAGUCGCAAACUUUAUCCGGUCUAUAUCAUAUUAUGUCCUUGGAGCAAUAGCGAAUAUAUUAUUAUUCAUGUUUUGCAAACUUGUGAAUGUGUGAGGCAUUAUUGAAGAGUGUGUGAUAGAGUGGCCAAACUUCCUUGAUUGUUGUUAGAGUGAAUGUUAAUGUUGUUUUAGAUAUAACUCUGUUGUAGUAUGAAGAUUUGUUCGGGGUAGUGAGGGAACUAAUAAAAGGAACAUGAAUUCAUUGCUAGUUGUGGUGUUGACCCAGUGUUAGGAACAAGAAUUCAUUGCUAGUUGGGGUGUUGACCCAGUGUUAGGAACAAGAAUUCAUUGCUAGUUGGGGUGUUGACCCAGUGUUAGGAACAAGAAUUCAUUGCUAGUUGGGGUGUUGACCCAGUGUUAGGAACAAGAAUUCAUUGCUAGUUGGGGUGUUGACCCAGUGUUAGGAACAAGAAUUCAUUGCUAGUUGGGGUGUUGACCCAGUGUUGGGAACAAGAAUUCAUUGCUAGUUGGGGUGUUGACCCAGUGUUAGGAACAAGAAUUCAUUGCUAGUUGGGGUGUUGACCCAGUGUUAGGAACAAGAAUUCAUUGCUAGUUGGGGUGUUGACCCAGUGUUGGGAACAAGAAUUCAUUGCUAGUUGUGGUGUUGACCCAGUGUUAGGAACAUGAAUUCAUUGCUAGUUGUGGUGUUGACCCAGUGUUAGGAACAUGAAUUCAUUGCUAGUUGUGGUGUUGACCCAGUGUUAGGAACAUGAUUUCAUUGCUAGUUGUGGUGUUGACCCAGUGUUAGGAACAUGAAUUCAUUGCUAGUUGUGGUGUUGACCCAGUGUUGGGAACAUGAAUUCAUUGCUAGUUGUGGUGUUGACCCAGUGUUGGGAACAAGAAUUCAUUGCUAGUUGUGGUGUUGACCCAGUGUUAAGCUGUGAUGUCUCUUGAGACUUGGACAGCCAAUAUGUCAUCACAAGAAGAACCUGUGUGCAAAUAUAUGCAAGAGUUCAACAGAAAACAUUGAUGGCUGUUCUGUUCAGUAUAUCCUUUCACAGAAAGAGUUGUGUCAUGAUGUGAGAAGUCUUUGGCAUACAUGUAAGCAUGCUCUUCUCCAAAGGCCAAAUUGGUAACAUGUACUUCUUGUAUCAAGUAUUGUAAGCCUUCAUUAAAUAAAA